UAACUACAAAAAAUAUUUUUCAAUCAUUUUAAUGGCAGUAGUUGAUGCCAAUUUGAGUUUUAUUUACAUUGAUGUAGGAUCUUACGGUAAAGAAUCAGAUUCUAAUAUUUUUAAGGAAAGUUCUUUUGGAAAAAAGUUGUAUUCAAAUGCCCUUAAUAUUCCUGGUCCUAUACGUUUACCUAGUUCGCAAGGUUCACCACAGCCUUAUGUUUUUGUUGGUGAUGAGGCAUUUGCCCUUCACACAAAUCUAUUAAGGCCGUAUCCACAACGAGGACUCAACGACGAACGUAGAAUUUUUAAUUACCGUUUGUCCAGAGCUAGACGCACUGUAGAAUGUGCUUUUGGAGUACUUGCCAACAAAUGGCGAGUAUUACAUACUACUAUUUUAGUAAGUCCCGAAUUUGUCGACGAUAUAGUAAAAUCCUGUUGUGUCUUACAUAACUUUGUCCGAAAAAGAGAUGGAUACAAUUUUGAAGAUAUGGAAAGUGAAUGCAACUUAGACGACAUCGAGGUAAGAGGAACGGGUUCUCGGUCCAAUGGGAUUGAAAUACGAGAAGCGUAUGCGGAAUAUUUUGUACAUGAAGGAGCCGUGCCAUUUCAAAAUCGCGUACUUUAAUCUAGUACGCUAUAUAGUUAGUAUUUUUAUUUACAGUUAAUUUUAAUUUCGGUUGUUCGUUGUUACUUUUAUUUUUAUGUAUAAUUUACAAUUUUGAUUAAAUAAGCGCACUAGGUAAUUAUUACUAAAUAAUUUACUGCUCAAUAUUCGUUGUUAUUUUAAAUUAUUAAUUAAAUGACCAAAAUAUUUUAAUAUUAUUAAUCAUUAUAAUACGUACCAUGUGAAGAAAAUUAAAACAAAUGCUAAUAAAUAUUUUAUUUGUGUAAA